CUCUCUCUCCAGCAGGUGGCACACGCGCGCAGUUUGUCAGAGGCGAUGUCGCCGCGGCUGCACAGCAAGCCAUGUAAACAAAGAGUCUAAGUUUUCUUCUGCAGGUUAAAUAACACAUCUACAAAAAAUGGGGAAGCGGGAUAACAGAGUGGCGUACUUGAACCCAAUAGCUGCUGCCAGAGCCAGAGGACCUGCACCUGUCUCUGGUCCCACCAUACAGGAUUAUCUCAGUAGGCCUCGACCAACAUGGGAGGAGGUGAAGGAGCAGCUGGAGAAGAAGAAGAAGGGCUCAAGAGCUUUGGCUGAUUUUGAGGAUAAAAUGAACGAGAGAUGGAGGAAGGAGCUGGAGAAAAAUAGAGAGAAAGUCCUCAGCGGAGGUGAGAAAAAAGAAAAAGAGAAAGACAAGGAGAAGAAAGAAAAGGAGAAAGAUAAAGACAAGAAAGAGAAAAAGAAGAAGGAAAAGAAGAAAUCAAGUAGGCAUUCUUCGUCUUCUUCCUCCUCCUCAUCGAGUUCUGCUUCCUCCAGCAGUUCAUCAUCCGACUCUGAAGAUGAGGAUGAAAAAAAGAGUGUGAAGAAGAAGCGGAAAAGAAAGCGAUCCUCAGCACGGAAAGAAUCUGAAGAUUCUGAUGUAGAGACAGACACAGACAGCAAGGAAUCCUCUAAAAGGAAGAAGAAAAAACUCAGGGAAGAGGGCGAAAAAGAUAAGGAUGAAAAAGGCAGUCGGAAGAAGAAAAAGACUGAGAAAAGCCACUCGGAGUCCUCAGAUGAGUCUGAAAUAGAUGGCGAUGUUGAAUCUAAGAAGAAAAAACGCAGUAGUGAAGAGAAAGAGAAGACUACAGACAAAUCAAAGAAGAAGAAGAAGAAGAGGCACAAGAAACACAGUAAAAAGAAGAAGAAGAAGACAUCAGGAUCAGAGUUAGAUUAGAGUAGCUGCGUGGCAUCCAGGCUGAAAGGUAGCUGGAAGACUGAGUGUGUUUGGAGCCCUUGCCAGGCUGAAGUCUGCUUCAGGGACUCUGAAAUGAAGCUGUUUAUGGAGCAGUGUGUCUUCCUGCUUAAGCAGGAUGAUGAUUGUAUGGAUGGAUGAUUGUGUUUGAUAGGGGUUGUGAGGGCUUUGACUCUCUGGGUUUUUUAUUUUUUUGCUUGUGUGUGCUUUUUUUUUUUUUUUUUUUUUUUUAAAGCAGACUCUGUCCAAAUAAAGCUCACUUAUAACAUUUGGUUAUCAGUUGUGGUGCUACGUGUAAACUGCACAUAACCUUCUUUUAAUCUCUUAAUCUAUCUCAGGCUUGUUACAUCCUAAGUCAUAUUAUUCAGUAACUACAUGGACUACAAUGCAAACUGGUUGAGUUAUUUCUAGGUUAUAGAAGUGUGUAAUAAAACUUUGGACCUGCCCACGGCUCCUGCCUGUUUAAGGGGUUAAAGAGGAACCAUCUGAGAGAUUGAUUGGAUUAUUGUAGGCCGAAACAUUUUCCAUAGGCAUCAUUUUUGCUAGUACUGUGCAGUCAGUGACCACUCAUUAUUCAUUUACAAGUACAAAAGAUUUGAUUUUCAGCGUCAGGAAAUAAGUAGAAAAUGGUAUAUAUUUAAUGUUAUGCAGAAGCCUUAACAACUAAAUAUAACCAUUUUUUCCAGUACCCAGUUGUUCACUCUUUGGAAGUUGGUUGCAUUUUAUGCUUCUCACUGUCCAAGUAAUCCUUAUCGUUUUUAGUGAUGUUGAGGUCUGGGAUCUGGUGUGGACAGUCCAUUUUUCCGAGAAUACCAGCAGCAUUUUUGGUUGAUUUUUCUUUUUUUGUCUAUUUCCUUUUAUCAGUAACAGUUUCUUGACUGACAUGCAUCACAGCUGCUCUCAGUGGAAGGAUGGACAGAAACAAUUAUGGAUUUUUUUUCACAUCUGAAGCAAGAGUGGAGCUUUUUUCUCCUACCCUGUAAACGUGAAACAUUGUUUAUCUGAUGUUGACAGUUUGGUUUGUUUUUAAACUUUAGUUCAGGGAAACUUAUUUUCCCCUGACCUUCCACUUCCUUGUGGAUCCUAAGUGGAUUAUCUUUUUCCUACAAAUCUCCUGAAAAAUGAAGAACUUGUACUUCAUUUGCAUUUUACACUGAAAAUUGAAUAAAUGAAGGGUGAUCUCUGAAUUACAUUCUAUAUAUUUUACAAGUGUGAGUCAUGAAGAAGUUGUAAAAAGGAGAGUGUUGGAUUAAAAAUAUAACAUCA